AGCGAUCGUCUUUUGAUCAAAGGUGGUAAAAUAGUUAACGAUGACCAGUCUUUCUAUGCAGACAUCUACAUGGAAGAUGGGUUGAUAAAGCAAAUAGGAGAGAAUCUGAUCGUGCCAGGGGGAGUGAAAACUAUUGAAGCCCAUGGCAGGAUGGUGAUUCCUGGAGGGAUGGACGUUCAUACCCGCUUCCAGAUGCCAGAACAAGGGAUGACAUCUGCUGAUGACUUCUUCCAAGGGACCAAGGCAGCACUAGCUGGGGGCACCACCAUGAUCAUUGAUCACGUGGUUCCUGAGCCAGGGACCAGUUUGCUGACUGCGUUUGACCAGUGGCGAGAAUGGGCAGACAGCAAAUCCUGCUGUGACUACUCUCUGCACGUGGAUAUCACCGAGUGGCAUAAAGGUGUCCAGGAGGAGAUGGAAGCUCUGGUUAAAGAUCAUGGUGUGAACUCCUUCUUGGUUUACAUGGCUUUCAAAGAUCGCUUUCAGCUAACUGAUUCUCAGAUAUACGAGGUCCUGAGUGUAAUCCGGGAUAUUGGCGCGACAGCUCAAGUGCAUGCUGAGAACGGUGACAUCAUUGCUGAGGAGCAGCAAAGGAUCCUCGAGCUGGGGAUCACAGGUCCUGAAGGGCACGUGUUGAGCAGACCUGAGGAGGUGGAGGCGGAGGCUGUGAACCGGGCGAUAACCAUUGCCAACCAAACCAACUGCCCCCUUUAUAUCACCAAGGUGAUGAGCAAAAGUGCAGCUGAAGUCAUUGCUCAGGCCAGGAAAAAGGGCACUGUGGUGUAUGGAGAGCCCAUCACAGCCAGCUUGGGUACCGAUGGAUCUCAUUAUUGGAGCAAGAAUUGGGCUAAGGCAGCAGCUUUUGUUACUUCCCCACCACUGAGUCCUGACCCAACCACUCCUGAUUUUCUCAACUCACUACUGUCCUGUGGAGACCUCCAAGUUACUGGCAGCGCCCACUGCACCUUCAACACUGCUCAGAAAGCUGUUGGGAAGGACAACUUCACCCUGAUCCCUGAAGGAACCAAUGGGACUGAAGAGAGGAUGUCCAUCAUCUGGGAUAAAGCUGUGGUGACUGGCAAGAUGGAUGAGAACCAGUUUGUUGCUGUGACCAGCACAAAUGCAGCCAAAAUCUUUAACCUGUACCCGCGGAAGGGCCGUAUUGCGGUGGGCUCAGAUGCUGAUCUGGUUAUCUGGGAUCCUGACAGUGUCAAGACAAUCUCUGCCAAGACUCAUAACAUAUCUCUGGAGUACAAUAUCUUUGAAGGCAUGGAGUGCCGUGGGUCUCCCCUGGUGGUUAUCAGCCAGGGGAAGAUCGUGCUGGAGGAUGGGAAUCUCCAUGUCACCGAGGGAUCUGGACGGUAUAUCCCCAGGAAACCCUUCCCUGACUUCGUUUACAAGCGCAUCAAAGCAAGGAGCAGGCUGGCUGAGCUGCGGGGUGUGCCUCGAGGCCUCUAUGACGGACCCGUCUGCGAAGUGUCCGUGACACCGAAGACCGUCACACCAGCGUCUUCAGCUAAGACAUCUCCUGCCAAACAGCAGGCCCCACCCGUGAGGAACCUGCACCAGUCUGGAUUCAGCUUGUCUGGGGCACAGAUCGAUGACAACAUCCCACGCCGCACGACUCAGCGCAUCGUGGCCCCGCCCGGCGGACGUGCCAACAUCACCAGCUUGGGCUAAGGACCGAGCCCUUCUGUGCCCGCUCAGCGGACCGGGGGACGGUGGCACCUGGAGACCCUUUUUGAUUCUUUUAGAGCCUGUGACAGUUACUGCGGGCAACCAGUGAGGGGGGGGCUGAAGUAAGGCGCCUCUUUCAGUCCCCUCAGAUUCCCUCCUCAUCUUCACCAACCCUUCUCACUUUCCCCCCCUCAGUCCCUACACAUUUAAGGAAAUAAACCCUGUUUUUGACACCUCUGACAUGCAAAAGUAAGUGUAAAGAGGAUGUUUGAGAUAUGUGGCCUCUGUCCCAUUCAGCAUCUUUCUUUUAAUAAAGGAAGGACAAAGUGAAUUUCCCGGGAGCUGCCUUUAAGACACACACA